AUGUCGCGUAGCAGCAGUGCCCAGGCUCUUCUUCUCCUUGGCUGUUCAUUGUAUCUGGUCAUCUAUCUGCACACCGCCGAUGGAUCCGUUUUGGCAGGUGGAAUCGAUCGUGGCAACAGGCAACAUCGAGCAAUGCGGCGAUCGGACGGCGGAUUGGAACAGGUAGAGGACCGCACCAACGCUAUAGAUCAACCGCUGGAUCAGGCACUGCAGCUCAAGUACUACGAUGUCGUGCAGGUGGACUUGGUGCACAGCCUGCCAGCGCAGCCCGACUCCGACGCGGUUUCGCUGGUGGCGGCUGGUGCUGGUGAGGGGCAGAGCACCGACCAGCCGGCCCCAUCGUCGACACCGACCGCCAGCACCGGCAAGAGCGAGUCGGCCAAGACGCUCGCGGACCAGGUGGCGGAGGGCAAGUACGGGCUGAUCCAUCGCGAGCUGUUCCAGCGUCGGCCGCAGCGGCUCGGCGUGCUGAACUACCGCCGGAACGAGGAGGUCCCGCUGGACGACGAGCGCAACUACGGCGGCUUACGGCCGGACGAGAUCUGGCUGGCGGAGGACCACCUGCUCGUGCUGAAGGGCGGUUCGAUCAGCUUCGGCAGCAACCGAUCCGGCGCGGAUGCCGGCGGUCCCUGGCAGCCGAUCGACGACUACCGGGCACCGGACCGGCAGGUCCAGAUACCGGCCAACCCCGCCGUCCCGCCACCCUUUCCCGUGCAGCUCCGCGAGAACGGACCAAUUGAGUUUAUCCGUGGUCGUCAGGUGCCGGCAUUUAAUCCGUUUACUAACGAGUCGGCGUUCCUCUUCACCAACAAAGCGUUCCCGGUCAUACGGCCGGAAGAUUUCGGUGGGCAAAAUAUACUUGCCGGGCCAGCGGCGCACAAUGCUACUGGCCAGCACCACACCGGACUCCAGUAUCCGCCCCCGGUCAACCCGCCGCCCGUCAGUGACAAUCGCACGUACUCGAACCCGUUCCUGAAGCUGCCACCGCCGGGACCACCGUUCGGGCCGCCGGUCGGCGGCGGUUCGCUGGACGACGUGCGCAACCGUACCGGUCCGUACCCGGUGCCGCCCGGCGAUGAGGACGACCCGUCCCUCUACUACCCACCGCCGUACACGUUCGAGUACCGCGGCAACUACACCAACCCGGUACCGCCCGGACCGCUCGUGCCGGGCAUUAUACUGCCGCCACCGCCCAACUUCUUCAUACUGAAGCCGGCCCCGGGGGCGAACGGUACGGACGGGCCGGUGCCGGCGGCCGACCGGCCAAAGGUCACCAAACCGCCGAAACACUACGCCAGUGUGCGGCCCCACCCGACCACAACGGUGCCGCCCGCAUCCGCCAACGGUGUGGCACCGCCGAAAAUUGCACCGUCCCGCGUGGAGAUCCAGAAGGCGGUGCUGAAAACGUUCGUGCCUGUGCUGGAGGUGUACGGUGCGCCGAAAUCGCCCUCGAAACCCGCCUCGAAACGACCGCGCCCGAAACCGACCGGCGCACCGCCGACGGUGAGCACCGUUGCCGCCACGACGCCCCUCCUAACGCCUUCGACCAAGUUGCACAAAAUUCCACCGGAGGUCGGUGUGGCCCGGCCACCACCACCGGCCCAGGCCGCCCAUCCGAUCUACGCCGAGUACUUCGACAUACGCACCUCGACCAGCCCGCCCGGAUGGAACGAUGUGGGGUCGUCGCCCGUGACGCCCCAUCUGCCAGCCCGCACCUAUCUGCCGGUGGUGGGCACGAAACACCGGCCGGAACCGGCGCGUCCGAUCGCACCGGCCACCCCGGACUACCUGGCCGGCACGUACGGCUACAGCCCGAUCGAGCAGUUCCACCGCGAGGUGCAAACCAUCCGCCAGACGCUGCAGAUCUACGAGAAGGCGAACAAGCUCACCAAGGCGGGCCGCACGUCCAAGGCACACCAGCCGGCCCCGACGCUCACCAAUCUGUCGCUCUCGUUCGACGGCAACGUCUAUCGCACGCUCUUCCCGGAGGAGGUGCCGCAACCGCUACACGUCGGUGGUUUGCCGACCUAUCAGCAACCCGCCUACAAGCCGCCGUACGACCCCUCGCCGGCCUACGUGUACCGCGCCGGGUCGAACAGCGUGGUGGCGCCGAAUCUACCGACCGGCUACUACGUCACCACCACCGACUACGGGCGGCACGCGACGGGCUACGGUGGUGACCACCGGCCGCAGUACUACCAACCAUCCGCACAGCCGCCACCGCCGGCCCAGCCCGACCUGUCCUACAUUGCGCCCGUCAUCCUGAACAACGGGGCGAGCGGCUACAACCGCCGUCCCGAGUUUGACCCGAGCGCGCCGGGCACCACCACCAAAUCCUACCUCAUCCUGGACCACCGGCUGCCCGGUGCGACCCGGUUGCGCCCGGACCGCCAACGGCAACCGCUCACCGACGUGCCGUACCUGUACCGCGGCGGUGGCGCACCGUCGGUCGACCAGGGUGCGGGACCCGUCCGCAACCGGUACCUGGAGAGCGACAUACUCGUCAACUACAAGCAUCCCCUGCCGGUGCUGAACCCGGACAGCGAGUUUCUGCCGUACCAUCAUCGGCUGAAGGUGCGCAAGCGGCAGAAUGUGCGCGGUGCCGGCGAACAGAAACCGCGCUAUCUCGGCCAGCCGCUCUACAACCACCGGUAG